UCCUGGCGGUCCUGCAUUCCUGCCGUCCUGCUCUUUUGGUGUCGGUCACCAAAUAAUGAUUACCUAUUGUUGAUGUAUAUAGUUGACGGACCAUGUGUUUUCUAUUUCACUUGAACGUUCCAUAGUGUUUUUUAUACUAGUUUUCAUUAUCACAGGAUUUCGGUCGUCAGUUUUUACGAUUCAACCGGAUAAAAUUGUCCUCGUAUGAUGAAGCCUGAUCAUACAGCGUUAGUGGAAAUACCAUCCUGUCUUCUCCUUUAUUGUAUAUUCUGUCUGAACGCUACUGCUGUCGUAGGUGCCAAACUCCGUAGAAGAAUGGGAAGAAAUCGAAUAAGGUUUUAAUGAAAAGUGGAAUUUCCCAGGAUGCAUUGGAGCAAUUGACGGCAAGCAUAUGGCUAUUCGUGCUCCAAUGUUUAGUGGAAGUGAGUAUUAUAAUUAUAAAAAUUCAUUUAGUAUAAUACUUAUGGCUGUAGUUGAUGCCAAUUAUUACUUCCGUUACAUUGAUAUUGGAGCUCAAGGACGUCAUUCUGAUGGUGGUGUUUUUGACCAUUGUUCUUUAAGACAUAUGAUUGAACAAAAUAAACUGCAUAUUCCAGAAAACUUUGUGUUUGUGGGAGACGAAGCGUUCCCAUUAAAAUCAUAUUUGAUGAGACCCUACCCUAGAAGAGAAUUGAAUGCCAAUUGUAAAAUAUUCAACUACAGGCUGUCAAGGGCGAGGAGAACCGUAGAAAACGCUUUUGGUAUUUUGGUUUCGCGAUUUCGUGUAUUUGAGAAACCUAUAGCUACUUCUGUACCAACUGCAGUAAAAAUUGUAAAAACCGCGUGCGCCUUACACAAUUGGCUGCAGACAAGAUGUGAUUCGAAUUAUUUUUCUCUUGGACUUAUUGAUAAAGAAGACUUGGAACACUAUACUUUUUUACACCUGGUGCAUGGCGAGAAGAAUCUAAAAGUAAUGGACUUAUCCAGUUACAGCCAUUACCUUCAAGAUUUCCUGAUCACAGUACAAGAGAACUUAGAAAUUUUUUCUGUAAUUAUUUCAAUGGAGUUGGAGCAGUGCCAUGGCAAAAUGAAAUAAUUUGUUAGUAUUAU